AACCCGAGCCCCGCGCCCACCACCACGGCGGGCGACGUGGCUCCGAGGCCCCGCGGCCCCGGCCUCCCCCUCGCAACCCGGCGGCCAAUGGGCGCGUGAGCGGGGCCGCCCGGUGCUCCCCUGCCCGCCGCCCGGGGCGCGCCCCUCCGCUCUGGCACGGGGCGGGCGCUGGCCGAGGGGCUGGCCCGUCCCCACCCUCCCUGCGCCGGCUCCAGCCCCGCCGCCGCCGCCGCCGCGCGCGCUAGGAGCCCCCAUUCCCCAGCCGCAGCUCUCGUCGCUCGAUCGGUGCCUCCCGCGGGCCGCUCUCCUCCCGACGAUGGCGCGCGGCGGCCGUGGUCGCCGCCUGGAGCUGGCCCUGGGGUUGCUGCUGGCGGUGGUGCUGGCGCCCCCGGCGCUGCGGGCCAAGCCCACCGUGCGCAAGGAGCGCGUGGUGCGGCCCGACUCGGAGCUGGGCGAGCGGCCGCCCGAGGACAACCAGAGCUUCCAGUACGACCACGAGGCCUUCCUGGGCAAGGAGGACUCCAAGACCUUCGACCAGCUCACCUCGGAGGAGAGCAAGGAGAGGCUGGGGAAGAUUGUCAAUCGAAUCGACAGUGACGGCGAUGGCUUUGUCACCACCGAGGAGCUGAAAACCUGGAUCAAACGGGUGCAGAAAAGAUACAUCUACGAUAAUGUCGCUAAAGUCUGGAAGGAUUAUGAUCGGGACAAAGACGAUAAAAUUUCCUGGGAAGAGUACAAACAAGCCACGUAUGGUUACUACCUAGGAAACCCCACAGAGUUUCAUGAUACUUCAGAACAUCAGACCUUUAAAAAGAUGCUGCCACGUGAUGAGAGAAGGUUCAAGGCUGCAGACCUGGACGGUGACCAGACAGCCACCCGGGAGGAGUUCACUGCCUUUCUGCACCCUGAGGAGUUUGAGCACAUGAAGGAAAUCGUGGUUUUGGAAACUCUGGAGGACAUCGACAAGAACGGGGAUGGCUUUGUGGAUCAGGAUGAGUACAUCGCCGAUAUGUUUUCCCACGAGGAGAACAGCCCUGAGCCAGACUGGGUUCUGUCAGAACGGGAGCAGUUUAAUGAAUUCCGGGAUCUGAACAAGGACGGGAAGCUGGACAAAGAUGAGAUUCGCCACUGGAUCCUCCCCCAAGACUAUGACCACGCACAGGCCGAGGCCAGGCACCUGGUGUAUGAGUCGGACAAAAACAAGGAUGAAAAGCUCACUAAAGAGGAGAUCUUGGACAACUGGAACAUGUUUGUUGGAAGCCAAGCCACCAAUUACGGGGAAGAUCUCACAAAAAACCAUGAUGAACUUUGAUGCACGCACACCCUGAUAAGACAGACUGUCACAGGCUUUCUUUAUUGUCUUGGAUGGUUGCUACAGUUGUCUCAUUUACAGCAAUUGUGUCCCCCCCAAAAGCAAGUUUACCACCUCAGCUUGGGGUUAUGAUUGUUUUUCACUCACUGUUUGCUGGAAAAUGGUCAUCGCUAUUCUUUUAGUAAGAUUUCUCUCCAGACACAUUAAAAUCUUGGUAAAUCGCACUCUAGGGGGGAUACAUUGCUAAAACAUGACUUUUUAAAGCGUUUUCCAUGAAAUCUGAACUAAAGGGGAAUAUAAUUUGAAAAGCCCUAUUAUUCAGAAGUUGGGUGGGUGGAGGGGGGCAGUAUAUGGAGUGACGGCUAUGUAUUUUAACUGCAGAUUUUUUACAUUUGCCGCUGUUAAAUAAUUGAUGAGGGAGAAUUCUUAUUAAGCUACAGUUGGUAUCUCAUCCUACACAGGCUUCUUUCAGAGCAAGGCUAUUUCAGAUUCUUCCUUCUUGACUUUGUCCUCUGAGCUGUCACUGUAAAUGGUAGAUAAACCUCUAUGCAUUUUUCUGUACCGACCUGCUAAUAUGCACAACAGAUCUACCUAUCUUUGUUUUUCAUUUUUGUUUUUUACAAUAAGAAGCAAUUGAGAAAGGUAAUGUGAAAAAGAAAGAAAUUUUAAAGGUAGGGAGAUGUGAUGAGUGUCAGGCAUUUGAAGAACUAUAGGAAAAUGGUAAAUGCUUUAUUAUACUUGAGAACAUUUGUUUGAUGUGGAAAUGAAAUAGAUCUGAUCUUUGAAAAAGUGAAUAGAAAUCCAAUCCAUCUCCUCUCUGAUCUCUGAUAGGAAUGAGGGUGUGGGGCCCUAGGAGCUCGGGGACCCGUCUCAUCUGGUCCUCUGGAGUCUGCAACUCUCGGAUCUGGCCCGGGACCACUUAACACUGUGGACUUAGGACAAAGUGAUGUUCCAAGCCAUUGGCUGAACUGGAUGAAAUGACUUUUACAGGUUGCAGUUCCACCUUGUACGCAGAAAGUGAAUGAAAUAAAGGCUCCCUCUGAGGAUUUUCUACUGUG